GAUUCCUUGUUUGCAUAGCACCUGGGUGCCGCCUGCAGCCCUGGGGUUCAGCUCUGUCAUCUGAGCCAUGAGGAUCUGGUGGCUCCUGUUCGUCUCCGGAGUCUGCGCAGGGAUGGUGAACUCACAGGACACCUGCAGGCAGGGCCACCCUGGCGUCCCCGGGAACCCGGGUCACAAUGGAUUGCCCGGGAGAGAUGGUCGAGAUGGAGCAAAGGGCGACAAGGGGGACGCAGGCGAACCAGGACACCCUGGUGGCCCAGGGAAGGACGGGAUGACCGGAGAGAAAGGAGAACCAGGAGCCGAUGGAAACGUUGAAGCAAAGGGCGUGAAAGGUGAUCAGGGCUCAAGAGGCCCCCCAGGGAAACACGGGCCACAGGGACUUGUGGGCCCCAUGGGAGAGAAAGGCCUCAGAGGAGAGACCGGCGCCCAAGGGCAGAAGGGGGAGAAGGGCGACGUGGGUCCCGUUGGUCCAGAAGGGCCAAAGGGCAGCACUGGACCUUCGGGCCCAACUGGUUUACCUGGCCCCGUGGGCCCCACUGGAAAGCCGGGUCCCAGGGGAGAUGCCAGCCCCUUGGGGCCCCAGGGUGAGCCUGGAGCCCGGGGAAUGAGAGGCUGGAAAGGGGAUCGAGGAGAAAAAGGGAAAACUGGGGAGACGCCAGUCUUGCCCAAAAGCGCCUUCACCGUGGGGCUCACGGUGCUGAGCAAGUUCCCUCCGUCAGACGCGCUCGUCAAGUUCGACAGGAUCCUGUACAACGAGUUUGGCCACUACGACGUGGCCACGGGGAAAUUCACCUGCCAUGUCGCCGGCGUCUAUUACUUCACCUACCACGUCACCGUUUUCUCCAGGAACGUCCAGGUGUCUUUGGUCAAAAACGGGGUUAAAGUCCUGCACACCAAGGACGGUUACAUGAGCUCCGAGGACCAGGCGUCGGGUGGCAUCGUCCUGCAGCUGAAGCUCGGGGACGAGGUGUGGCUGCAGGUGACGGGAGGGGAGAGGUUCAACGGCUUGUUUGUGGAUGAGGACGACGACACCACGUUCACGGGCUUCCUCCUGUUCUGCAGCGCGUGACGGGUCGGGGGCGGGGAGCGGUUACAGCUCUGUCUCUCCAUCCGCCCGAAUCAGCUUGGUGAAGACAUUGUUUGAUGACUUUACCACGUUAAUGAUAUCACCACUUGUCAUAACCAUAAAAAGGUGAAAGUGGGAAAGUUAUUCCUAAAACUGAGUCUAUAGAACUCGCUAUCCUGCCAAGAGUAAAUGUAAAAAUACCUGCUCUGUUUAUUACAGUGUAUUUGAUAUUUUCCCUCAUUCCCAUGAUCUGAAGAAUCCUUUGCUCGGGCGUUCCUUGUGGGGAGUGUUUUGAUAUCCUUUUAGUGCUCAAAGGAGCCGUGUGAUGAUGUAUCUCCCAUCUGAAUUCCUGAGGAUAUUACAGGGAAAGAAAAGGAAGUGUUCAUUCCAUGUGUGACUAAUCAGAGUCUGGGCUGGUGACAGUGGCGCAGCCCAGGGACCUGCAGGGUACUCUGCUCGCUUUCUGUCUUGGGUUUUCAUCACCAUUCAACUCGACAAACAGUUGUUAGUAAACUGUUUGCCAAACUUGACUCUGUUUUAGUUUCCCUCCGUAUCCACAGUUCCGUAUCUGCAGAUUCAACCAACCAUGGUUGGAAAAUAUUUGAAAAAAAAAAAAAAUCAGGAAGUUCCAAAAAGCAAAACUUGAAUUUGCCAACCUGGAAACUGCUGACAUAGCAUUUACACUGUACUAGGUAAUUUAAGUAAUCUAGAGGGGAACUGCCCGGUGGUCCAGCGAAUAAUCCCCUCCUAAAAUUCUGGAAGCGUUAACUAUGCUUAUGUUAACUCCAUACACUUUUCCAUUAGCUGAGAGCAACUAAUAAAGAAGCAUGAGGAGACAAGCCCGGUGCAUAUUCAACCGACAGCAUCUUCCAGACCACAGCCUGGGACUCUGACGGACUUACGGCCAUUCUCUCCACAUGUCAACCAAGUCAGCGCAGUUGUGACAGUAUCUUCAUUCCUUGGGAGAAUGGGAAUUUUCUGAAUUAUCAUUAUAAGCAGUCAGCACUGCUAUAGAUGAAAAGGGCAAAUGUAGAAGAUGAAAUGUUAAAGCAUGUUAUAAAGAACUUCAGAAGGAUAAAGUUGAUUGGGGAGGUGUCUGAUCUGCCAUUUGGAAUUCUCUCUCAUCUGCUGUCUGUGGAUCUGGUCUGCAGUUUUUACAAGUCUAACUACGCCAGGCUCCCUGAGACACAAGACACCUUGUUAACGUGGCACAAGUCAGCAUCCUUUGAGGGUGUUUUUACGCUUCAGUGUUUGCAUUAAAAAUGGUUAGGAACCAUUCUGGGCUAAAGAAAAGCUCUCAGAUUUGAAACUCCUUUUAAAAAAUAUGAUAAAGCUACACUGAAAACAAACUCCAUUUAACAGUAAAUUGUUGUGAGGACGGAAAGGGGCGGGUUAGAAGCCCGCCCCAGUUGGCCAUC